GGCAAUCAAGUCCAGCUCGAACAAUGUCACAUACUUUUCGUUGAUCCUCUAGACUGCCAGCCAAUGUUACUCUUGCAAGUAAGAAGUUCCAGCCAUGAAGGGUUGGCCCUUUGGAUGACUCAGCCUUGUGCCAAACCCCGAUAAAUUCGCCAAGGCUGCAUGCGCAUUUUGCGACCGCUGAGGUGCCUCUCUCAGACGCGACUAGGCCGCGUAGAUCACCAAACCUCAACUUCGUACACACCCUUUGAGACGACACGAACGUCGCGUGCGACUGUUCCCAAUGAGAUUGCUUUGCAAUGGCUGACACCGUCAUGGCUGAUUCGCCAGCAAUCGAGUCCGCCGCUCCUUUCUCACUCCGCCCGCGCUUCAAGAUCUCGGACCUUCCUCUUGUUAAAGAACAACGAUCGACCAUUGAUACACUUCUCCUCAAAUUCAAGAAGCAAGGUGGCUACGACAGUCUAAGGAAACAAGUAUGGGCCUCAUACAAUACCUCCGACGCAAAGACUGCGCUCGCGGACCAGAUUCACGCAAUUGCAGAAGCCGAAAUCGAGAAAGACCCCAAUCUAUUGAGCCGUGAGCGGGGCAAGGCAGCUACAUUGAUUCAAGGUGCUGUUGACAGAAGCGGCAUCUACCAAGAUGUGGAAUCUAGGAUUGACACCGAGAUUGCAAAACAUUUGAAUACCGUGCUCGACGCGGUACGGGAUAUCAGAAAGGCUGAUGUGGGCGUCGCUGUCGCCGCUGAAGAAGAACAGCGAGGCUGCAAGACGGAUGAGCAGUACAAAGCGGAGACCGAGAAUCGGGCUGCUGAACGGGAGAGGAACAGGUCUCGCAUGGAACAGUUGCUGCGUGAGACUGCAGAAUUGAAAGCGAAGAUUAAGCAGGAGGAAGAGAGAAAAAGAAAGAAAGAAGAGGCUAAGCGGGAGGAAGAGGAGAGGAAGAAGCGGGAAGCCGAAGAAGAGGAGAGAAAACUCGCUCGGCAGAAGAGACGAGAGGAGGAAGAAAAACGGGAGGCUGAGAGGAUCAAAGCAAGAGAUGAGAGGCACAAGAAACGUGAAGAGGAGAGGAAGGAGAGAGAGGCUCGAUACGAGAAAGAAAGGGAGCGUGAAAGAGAUAGAGAGCGGGAUCGACGUGAUCGAGACAGAGACAGAGACCGAGACCGAGAACGCGAGCAGGAGCGUGAUCGUGAUCGUGAUAGGGAUCGAGACCUCGGAAAAGGCACGGAACGACGGGGCUCUCGGGCUGAAUUGACGAACACGAAGGACAUACCGACCGAUGAAAAGGAUCUGGAAGCUACAGCACUCGAGCUCCUUCUGAACGAAGGCAAGCGCUUGGCCGAAAAGUCGAAACAGAGACCUGAAUAUGAUUUCGACAAAGCGGAAAUACAUGACAGCUCUCGAAGACAUGCAGGGUCCGAUCGCCAUUCCAGUCGGCGAGACAGGUCACGCGACAGCCACAGACGAGAAAAAGACCGCCGAAGCCGGUCCCGUGAUAGACGGCCAUCGAUACAGAAGGAAAAAACGCGUACGCCCAGCAAAGACCGUGAGGAAGGAGAGGCCCGAAGUCAGCGCGAAUCACCUUCGCCGACCCAAGAAAAAGAAAAACCCAAGAGCAGAAGAAUGCGGUCUGCAUCUCCAUUGGGUAUUGACCGCUACGUUCCUGGUGGAGGUGUGCAUCGCUCUCUCGAAGAACGUGAGCGUGAGAAAGAGAGGCGAAAAGCUCGAGAACUUGAAAAAGAACGGGAGCGAGGAACUAUCAGGAAGUACGACAGCCAUCGUGGUGACGGGGACCGUGAUCGAGACAAGGAGCGGGAGCGAGAUCGAGAUCGAGACCCGGAUCCUGACCGACGAGACCGCAACCGUGACCGCGACCGUGAACGCGAGAGAGAUCGUGAUAGAAGCAGAGAUCGUGACCGAGGUAACCGCGACAGGGACAGGGACAGAAGUAGGGAAAGACUCAGAGAAAGAAGCAAGGAACGAGACCGCGACCGCGACCGGGAACGAGAUAAGUAUCGCGAAAGAGACCGUGACCGAGAUCGAAGCCGAGAACGAGAGAGACAGCGCGACAGAGAUCGUGACAGGGACAGAAGGGAUCGCAGUCCCAGACGGCGGGAUGAUGAUCGACGGGACGAGAGACGAGAUGAUCGCAGGGAAAGCCGACGAGACAGAGACCGAAGCGACGCACGAAGAGAUCGAGACCCAGUUCAGAUUGAUCGUUAUGUACCCGGGCGAUAGCGUCAGCCAGAAAUCAUCAACCAGCUGUCAUUGCUCGUAGCAAUACUGGACGACUUGUCGUCAUCGGAGGCAUCUGUGGUAUCCGGUUUUCUUGCCCCUGCACGCUCAAACCAAUUUUAUCUACAUGCUUCCGAUAAUUGAGCUCGGUGUCCGACCUUGGCCGCAGAUCUGCCGAAAGACCCUCGACAAUGGCCCUCUCGAGCAGCAGUAUACUGCGCAAAUUGUUGCCCUGCUUGGUCCAUAUCGAUAUGUGGGUGAAAUAUAAUCUCGGCGAGAAAGACAUGCCCAGGAUAUGAUCCCGUUCUGUAAGGUCAUCGUCAGAAUGGUGCGUGGUAAGAGGUGUGUGCACAUACCUUGUGCAAUAGCCGCUUGUAAUUCCCCUCCGCAGCAUAAGAGGCAGAUUUCUUCCCAGACUCGUAUGGCACGGCCAUUGUCCGGACGGACACGAAUGAGCCACCUUCCGCCUCGUUGAUUCUCGGCGUCUUCCCAGAGGGGUUUGACGCCAGAGCGGAAGAUGUGUAUACUAUCGUUCUGCUUGAUCUGCACCCAAGGCAUAUUGUUGAAAAUACGGUAGAAGGUGCCGAUGUCGGGUACGUCGUCGACCAGUGGGGUGAGUAGGUAUUGUUGUUGAGCAUCGGGUUUGCUGUGCCAGACCGCCCAGCGAUAUUGAAAGGGGAGUGGGCGGAGUUUGGUGAUGACCAUUUUGUGCAGGGACGACGAGCGGCGUGGGAGGGUUGGGCGAGAGCUUGCAAUUGCGGUGUUUGUUGUUGGUGAUGGGACUGGUGAUGGCGAAGGUCGUGGCGACAGUAAUGCGUCGCCGGUCGUUGUUGGAUACGUUGUUGCCAUUAUAGCGUGCAAGUGGGAAUCACAGCAUGGAUCAUUGAGAUGCUCGAAGACCUCAAGGGCUGUGAGGGUCACAGCAGGUGCAUGGUAUUGAAUACGAUGAGACUAAUGCACAAGCGAACGAAGUGGUUCAUAUACCUGUUUCUAUCC